CAAUAUAUAAGAGUCGGACAGGCCUACUCGAGGAUGUAAACCUCAUCUGGGGGUCUCUGAGACCCUUUAAAAUCAAGACCCCUCGAGGACAAAGGCAUGUCCAGUCUUCCUGUAUCUGUAGUCAUUGUGUAGUCAUUGGCUGAUGUAAACAUUCUAUGUGGCUUGUCAUAUGAUUCCACGAAUGCACGUAGAAUGAAAUACGCAUGAAUUGUAUGAUCGAAGAAAUUGAAGUAAAAGCAAAAAUGGAAGGGCACGAAGAAGAUGAUUUAGACGAUUUAAAUUCAACCGUUUACAUUUUUCCGCCUAAUGUACAGAAUGUUAUUGAACAGGUUAAGUUCAUAAUGAAACUGUCAAACUGUUUACAGCUGUCACUUAUUGUCUUACCAAGUACAGACCCAUUGGACCAACCAAACUUCAAUGUAGUAGAUUAUAUAAAUUCAUUGUUCCCAACGGAACAGUCCUUAUCAAACAUAGAUGAUGUAGUAAAUAACAUGGAAUUAAAAAUACAUACCAUAGACAAAGAAAUUCGUUCAGUGGUACGUGGACAGACAAAUGUUGGUCAAGAUGGAAGAGCAGCAUUGGAAGAUGCACAAAAAGUAAUAAAACAGUUGUUUGUCCAUAUUAAAGACAUCAAAGAUAAAGCAGAACAGUCAGAAGAAGUAGUUAAAGAAAUAACAAGAGAUAUCAAGCAAUUAGAUUUUGCUAAGAGAAAUCUUACUGCCUCUAUAACAGCUUUAAAUCAUUUACAUAUGCUUGUGGAAGGUGUAGAUACUUUAAAAAUACUAACUCAGAAGAAACAGUAUGGUGAAAUUGUUUUGCCAUUACAAGCAGUGAUGGAAGUGAUGCAACAUUUCAAUAGUUACAUGGAUAUACCACAAGUAAAACAAUUGUCUGAUGAAGUGCAUCAAAUACACGUUGAAUUAGCUCAGCAAAUAACAGCUGACUUUAAACAAGCAUUUUCUGGUCAAAAUCCAAAGUACUUUAGUCAACUUACAGAAGGAUGUCUAGUGUUAUCUGUAUUAGAUCCCAAAGUUAAGAAAGAUCUGCUCACUUGGUUUGUGGGUAUUCAAUUACAAGAAUAUGCACAUUUAUUUGACGAGAAUCAAGAUUUUGCGUGGUUAGACAAAAUAGAUCGACGCUACGCAUGGAUAAAAAAGCAUUUACUUGAUUUUGAAUCAAAAUUCGCGACGAUUUUUCCACAGGAUUGGGAAAUAUCGGAGCGAAUUACUGUACAAUUUUGUCAAGUUACACGAGAAGAUCUGACGAAGUUGAUGCAUAAAAGGCGUUCAGAAAUAGACGUAAAGUUGUUGCUUUAUGCAAUUCAAAGAACUAGUAAUUUUGAAUCAUUGUUAGCAAAAAGAUUUAGUGGUGUUACAUUGGAAAAUGUAGAAACAGUAAAUAAAAAGAAUACUCCUAAUAUAAACGCAAUUGAUAACAAAGUUCCAGGCAAUCCGUUUGAAGAAAAUGAAGAGGCACAAAUCGAGAAACCAAAACCAUCACCAUUUGCAAAUCUCAUAGGAAAAUGUUUUGAACCAUAUUUAAGUAUUUAUAUAGAAAGUUUAGAUCGCAAUUUAGCAGAUCUAAUGGAUAAAUUUGUGUCAGAUUCUAAAACACAACCGCCUGGUGCUAAAGAUUUUGAUGGAAUUGAGGGUCCUAGUAGUGUUUUAUCAUCUUGCGCAGAUUUAUUUGUGUUUUACAAAAAAUGUAUGUUACAAUGUACACAACUUAGCACAGGUUCAAUUAUGUUGAAUUUAGCUGAAACAUUUCAAAAAUACCUACGAGAAUAUGCACUUAAAGUGUUGCAAAAUAACUUACCAAAAAUCGGAGGUAGUGCUGGCAUUGCUACAAGCAUGAGUAGCAUAACACGGGACUUCCGAGAUCUCUCCACAUCCGGUUUUAUACAAAAUUUUCAAAGCUUUUUGAAAGAGGGUGAAAAUACUAAAUUUAGCAAAGAAGAACAAUCACGUAUAUGCUGCGUAUUAACAACAGCUGAAUAUUGCUUAGAAACUACACAACAGUUGGAAGAAAAACUUCGAGAGAGAACGGAUAAAUGUUAUGCCGAAAAAAUUAAUUUAUCUCAGGAACAAGAUAUUUUUCAUAAUGUCAUAUCAAAUUGUAUACAAUUGCUUGUUCAAGAUCUAGAGUCAGCAUGUGAUUCAGCAUUAACUGCAAUGACAAAAAUUCAGUGGAGUAGUAUAGAAGUUGUUGGUGAUCAAAGUAAUUAUGUUAAUACUAUUGUGGCACACCUACGACAGACAAUACCUACCAUCAGAGAUAGAUUAUUUUCGUGCAGAAAGUACUUUACCCAGCUCUGUGUAAAAUUUGCAAGCUCUUUUAUAGUAAAAUUAGUACAACAAUUAUAUAAAUGCAAACCCUUAAAUACCGUGGGUGCUGAACAAUUAUUAUUGGAUGUACACAUGUUAAAGACUGCUCUGUUAGACCUUCCAUCAACAGGAUAUCAAAUUCAGAGAAAAGCACCUGCAACUUAUACUAAGGUAGUGAUAAAAGGAAUGGCAACUGCUGAAAUGAUUCUUAAAAUCGUAAUGUCGCCUAUUGAAUCUCCGAAAGAUUUUGUAAAACAGUGUAGAAUGCGUUUACCGGAUUUACAAGCACCGGAAUUUCAAAAAAUUUUAGAUAUGAAGGGUUUAAAGAAAACGGAACAAGUUCUAUUAUUAGAACAGUUCAAGCAACCUGAAAAUAUUGAUAUUGCACACGAUAAUAGGAGUCAUAUCACUCAGGAUACUCCUGAACACGAAGCUGGACGAAUAAAAAGAUUAGAAAAACUGAUAAAAAAAAGAAUAUAAACAUAUUUCAUAGUAACUCAUUACAAUAUAAUGUACAUAUUUAAAUUAAACAAUAGUUAUAUCUGUAUAAAUUUUUCAAAUUAAAAUUAUAAAUACCGCAGUUCA